CAGAUUCAAUAUACCCAAGCACCAAAACUUUCUCUCUACCAAACCAACCUAAUCAAACCUCUUUCUCUCUGCACGGAAAACAAAGCAAAAAAAAAAAAAAGGUACAAAUGGAGGGUCUAAUUCCUUUCGUCUACAGAGCUAUAGUAGAGUACAAGAAUGGCAAUAAACAAGACCUUCUUGACUCAUGGUUCAACGAAUCUCCUUCCGCUUCUUAUAUGAGACUUCCUGGUGAUUCCGGUAGGUUUCAAGCCUCCGAUAUUCCUCUUUUCCGAUCAGAGUUUGGGUUAGCUUCGUCGGCAACAUCUUCUAUGCCUCCUCUUCCUCCUCCUCCUUCUUCUUCUUCUUCUACUACUACUACGGCUAGUACUACUUCCCAAAUUAUGAUUUCGACCGGAGUUCAUUCCCCAGCUCGGCGUAGAGUUGCUGCAUGAUGAUGAUGAUGAUGAUUAUAUGUAUGCAUAUGCAUGCAUGAAAUUACAAGUGAAAGGUGCUUGAAGAAAGCUGAAGGCGCCGAGCUUGUCAAAAAAUGGUGGUGGUUUAAGUAUUCUAGUAUUUGUGUAUGAUAAUAACUUUUUAUUAUUAUUUUUUUUUAAUUUUCCUUUAUGUUAGUGGGGAAGAAAAUAAGCGUGUGGAAAACCAAAGGGGUGCUACACGCUUAUCUCUAUGUGUUUGUUGGUAGUGUGACUUGUGGAGGGGGUUUGGAUUAUUUGUGUAAGAUGUAAAUAUUGAUUGUAAUGCCUCUGAGAGAGAGGUUUAAAAAUGUUUGUUGGCCAAAGGGCCAUACUUAUAAGCUACUUUAACUGUAAAUUCAAUCUGUUGUCUUAUCAUUUUAUAUCUUCUUUUUUA